CUCAGUCGUCGCGUUGCGCUCGUCGCGGGCACGUCAAAGCAUUUUUGUGUACACUACGCUCGCGUCGACUGUUAGAUAACCAUAACAAAACAUUUAAAAUCGGUUAUUAUUAAUAAAAUGAUAUCGUUACUCAAUAAAAUUUUAUUACUUUGACAUAAAAUAUAAAACGUUUUCAUCAGAAUAUGUGUACAAAAAUUUUUAAACGUGAAUUUUUUAAUUCUUCAUAUUUUCAUUCUAUAGCUUUUUUUUAUUAUUAUUUUUAAUGGGUUUUAUAACCAAUCACACAGAAGACAACAUCAACUGAAAUAUUGUUUUCGCUUCUUUCGAAAGAAGAAAUAAAAAGUUUACUAGUAUAAUUUUUUUUUUUAUUCAUAUUAUAAAACCAUAAAAAUUAACUAAGAACUUAAUUUAUGGAAAAAUUAAUAUCGUGAAUCGAAAUAAAAUAAUUUUCAAGUGAUUUCCUUAAGUUUUGAUUUAACUAGUCCUACGUUCUGUAUUAAUUUAUUUUUGCUUGGUGCUUAAAAUCGUGAGUGUUCUAUUUAUUCCUCUUUUGACCUUUAUAAAUGACUCUACUACAAAGUGAAAUAAAGGAACGAAAUAAUUACAACAGUUUUACAAUUCUCGAUUCUUGAGUUCUCUUGAUAUUUAUAUCUGUCGUUAUUGGGUUAAACUCGAGUAACCGGCUGCGAUCGUUGAUCAUUUAAUAAAAAUUUAACGGAAGUUUGAUUUAUUAUUGAUUGUUGCAAAAGGAUGCAUCACACAGCGCCCUGGUAUCUGCCUUGGAGCUUGAAGCUCGUACCCCUACCGUUACCUGCAGCUCAUCCACCUACUGGAAUACCUAGUCCAGCCGGUUUGCAUUUGCUUGCACCACUUCCGAGUAUAUAUGCACCAGAACCACGAAAGGUAGAUCUCAAACCUCAUAGAGAACCGACCAAAAUUGUGCCAUCACCUCAAUCCACAGAAAAACGUAGAGCUGAAGAUACAGAUGCUAACAAAGAUCUAAAAAAGGCUAAGUUAGAAACAAAAGCUCUGAAAGCUAAGAGGCCUGGGUUUACGGACGAACGUUACAAUGAGACCAGCUAUUACGUCGAGAAUGGAUUACGUAAAGUAUACCCAUAUUAUUUCACCUUUACAACAUUCACCAAAGGUCGUUGGGUUGGUGAAAAGAUUCUGGAAGUGUUCGCACGUGAAUUCCGAGCUCACCCUGCAGAAGAAUACGAGAGAUGCAUACGCGCCGGUACCCUAACAGUCAAUUAUCAAAGAGUAGAUGUUGACUACAAAUUGCGACAUAAUGAUCUACUUGCUAAUGUAGUUCACAGACACGAGGUGCCAGUCACCUCGGACCCGAUCACGGUGAUACAUAUGGACGAGGACGUCGUCGUAGUCAACAAGCCCGCAUCCAUCCCUGUCCAUCCGUGUGGUCGUUAUCGACAUAAUACCGUUGUCUUUAUUCUGGCAAAGGAGUACAACUUGAAGAAUUUACGAACUAUUCAUCGGCUGGACCGAUUAACGAGUGGUAUUCUAUUAUUUGGACGUACUCCGAAGAAAGCAAGACAAAUGGAACACCAAAUCAGAAAUCGACAGGUUCAUAAACAAUAUGUAUGCCGCGUAGAAGGAAAAUUUCCAGAUGAAGAAAUAGUUUGCACAGAAUCAAUUGAAGUGGUUUCUUACAAAAUAGGAGUGUGUAAAGUAUCCGCUAAAGGCAAAGAUUGCAUCACUCGUUUCAAGCGUCUUAGUUACAACGGCAAGACAUCUGUAGUUCUUUGCAAGCCUCAAACAGGUAGAAUGCAUCAAAUUCGCGUUCACCUGCAGUACCUUGGUUAUCCAGUGGUUAACGAUCCUUUGUACAACCACGUUGUUUUCGGACCGGAGAAGGGUAGGGGAGGCAAUAUCGGCAAAACUGAUGAGGAACUGGUUAAAGAUCUCAUCAACAUUCACAACGCUGAGAAUUGGCUUGGUAUGGACGGGGAUUCCGAGAUGAGCCUUUUCAAGCCGAAAUUAGAGAUCGAAGACAGUGCAUCAAAUCCCAAUUCUGAUAAAGAAGGUUUCUCUUUGUCGACAUCUAAUUUUAGUACAGAAGAACAGCAACCGUCACAACAGCAACAACAUCCAGUCGCUACUCUUAAAGUUACGGUAGGGACUCAAACAGGCUCCGAACCACCUGACUCAACAUACACAAACAAUAAAGUCACUGUUGAUCCUCAUUGUUAUGAAUGUAAGGUUAAGUACAGAGAUCCUAAACCUUCAGAUUUAGUGAUGUAUCUUCAUGCUUGGCGUUAUUGUGGUCCAGGUUGGGAGUACGAAACUCCACUCCCUGCCUGGGCGUCGAGUGACUGGACUGGUGAUGAUGAUCAAUAGUUGAUCAUCGAUCACUGUCCUUAAAUUAAAAUUCAUAUCGAUUACCAAUAACUGUACCUUCACGUUCUUUUUAUAUGCUAUCCCGUGCCUUCCAUUCAUUAUCAUCUCAGGAUUUCAUGUCAUGGAUACUUUUUCACGACAUUCAAUUAUGUCACUGGGGCAUUUUGUCCUGGAAUCUUCCACCGUGCUUAUGUUGUCCUGGGCAUCUAGACCCAAUACCGUGAAAUAUUUUCGUAACUAUCUACUAUAUAUAACUCUUUCAAAUUUAAAAAUUUCGGUUAAUCAAAAUACAAAACUAUAUAAAAUUAAUAGUAUAGCUUCUGGUCAUGAAAUUAUGAGACCAAUCACCUGCGUGCCAUACAAUAAAUUUUCGUCUGAAUAGCACAAAAAAACUCGAAGUCUUUUAUAAUAAUAUCUGCAAAUUGGAUGAAGAUUUAAUUAAUUUUUUAUAGAUUUCGUUUUUAUGAUUUUUUGUUUUGCUUCACACCAGAAAUAUUGGCAGUUUAUAUAAAAAUUUCAUAGACUUAUACAAUUAGAUGUGAAAAACACAAAAUAAAAUUUAACUUACAAAAUAAGUUAUAAAAUUGAGUUUAAAACUUGUAAGUUGAAAAAAAAUUAUAUCGCAAAUAGUUUUCAUUAACAUUGUCAUCAUUUCAACCUUUUUUUCAAAAUGUAAUGAAUAAAUCCUGUGUGAAAAAAAAAAAUAACAUGGAAAACUAUCGAUCAUCGUUGAUUUCUUCGUGGAAUCCAAUGAGAUUGAAUGAGAUUUAGAAAUGAUUUUUUUGGACCAUAAUUAACAAUGAAUGAGAAUAAAUACAAUUUUUCUUGAUUAUACGCUAUAGAUCUAAUAUGUAAUUAAUUCACCCUCUUAACCUCAUUAAUGUACCUACUGUAAAAUACAUAUCGAUUAAAGUCUUUGCAGAAAGUAAGUCGCCGUCAGUUUUAACCCCUACUCUUAGAAAAUGAGCCUAACCUCACACCGUUACUACGCAUUAUCAUUACAAACCGGAAAUUCCGGCGGAUCCUGACGGCGACUUACUCUUUAAGGGGACUGUUUUUUUUCCUUAUUGGUCAUUCCCGAGUCAAAAAAUUAGAUCUGUUUUGAAAUAAAUGAUAAAUUUAAAUAUUUUUUCUUUAAUUCAAGUUUAUAAAUUGUAUUUAUUUUAUAUAGGAAUUUAAUCUGUUUUUGUCCGUACUAGUCAUUAUGCUGUUUCAGGUUUGGUCGACAGCAUAAUAAAAAUUGGUAGGUUUCGAGCCAACAUUUUUCUCCGUGGCACAAGAAUUUUGAUAUUUUCGAUUUCAUCCAGUAAAUAAGAAAAAUUUCUUGACAUUCUAAGAGUUGAUUUAUCACUUUUAAUCAAUGCUAUAAAUAUUCAGUCAAGACAACUAAAAAUUAAGCUGUCAAAUUUUCAUUAACUGCCGACAUUUUUAAACAAAAGAUACUAAAUAAAACAUAAUCAAUUCUGCAACUUGAUAUUUUUUCAUAAAUAUUGCCCAUAAAUGAAAAUUUUAUGAGUCCGUGAUUUAAUCUAGUUUUGUCCUUGUAAAUUUUUAGAGCUAAAAUUUUUUAAAGUUCAAGAAUUAAUCUAGUUUAGUCUGUCCGUAACGCAAUUGUUUUUUGAAACACCAGGUUGGAAAUAGCUUAAAAUUUUGGUAAAAGAUCAAAAACAGAUCAAAUAGUCCAAUUAGACUAAAAUCAGAUUAAAUUUAUCGGUCCGGGUAGAUCAAAAACAGAUUAAAAUUUUUAUAGAAGCUCAAUAACAGACCAAGUAGUCCAAAUACAGUCCAGUUAGACUAAAAUCAGAUCAAAUUUUUCGAUCCGGGUUGCCCCGUAUGGACCACAUGCCAAUUUCUGUUGUAUUGAUCCUCUUGAUCUUAUAUCGAUUAAUUUAUAUUGUUGUCCCAGUGAGAGUUUGGAAUUUUGCGUUUGUCCUUGAUUAAUAACUUUAAUGAAAUUCGAUUGAAACUUAAUCGGAUUUCUAUCAGAUUAUAUCGGAAACAAACAUUCAAUCAUAAUUGCUAGGGAGCAUCCGAUUAAAUCCAAUUUAAGUUUUUGAAACUGAUUUCAUUGGACAAUACCAAUUUGUUUUAAAUUAUUUUCGGAUUGAAUCGUACGUCUUAUUCUUAAAAUGAGAGAGCUAUAGUCUGUUUUCUAGAGAGGAGGCCGGAAAAUUAGUAGAAGGAGGAGCUUGUCUACACAACCACAACUAAACUUUCACUCAUACAGCCUUACAACGGACUAUAAUUGGCUCUAUCCCCACAUGACUCACACCUAAACUCACCGAUACUCCGAGCAGGGAAAGGGUUAAAUGACACUUGUGGCCAAUCAGGAAGGAUUGUAUUUUAGCAUAAAAUUUUAAGAGGCUGACUUAAGUCAGUUAGCGGCGUAUUCUUCGGGAAUAUAUAACAGUAAAAGAAAAUAUAACAGUAAAAGUAAAAUAAACAGGCGCUGGGACAAUUAUAAUAUAAAUUGGAUACUAAUGAAAAAAUCUCAUUCAUCCAGAAAGUCUCUACAGGAUAUUGUUUUUUACCAGGAAAUAUAUACACAAUUUUAUAACGACUUUGAACGGUAUGCAGCAAAUAUAAUUUAUUUUAAAGGUAUUCGAGUAAUAAGAAUUUUUUAAGACAAAUUGCAAAUAGAGAAAGUUCUAUUUUUAUAGGCCAAUAUUAUUACGAAAAUUGACAGUGCGUGUUAGAUAUACAUUUUUAUUAAUCAAGAUUUCUUGAUUACAACUAACGGAAGAGCUUUAAACCAUCGAUCAUAUCUUAUAUGGUAUAUUAAUAAAAUCACAAAUAAACAAUCGUUAGCCAUAUGCUACACGGAAAAAAAAUUCUAGUUAAAUUUACAAUGCUAACAUCGUAAUUUGUCCUAUUAAUUAUUGCAUUGGUGGACUAGACUUUUCACAUCGUAAUUUUUACGAUGUAGGGUUGGAAAUUUCAUUUAAGAAAUAAUACUUCAGACAAACAAUACGAAGUCUUAAGCUCUUUAAUAUAAAUUACGAUGUAACAUCGUAAAAUUUGAAGAGAAAUUUUAAAUAAAAGAUUAAAAUAAUAAUCGUUCGGCAGUUGGAUUCGAACCCGAGUCCUUUCGAGUGCCAAGUGUCCGACGCCUUGGACCACUCGGCCACUGAAGGGCCU